AUGGCCAUAUCUGCCAAUCGCUCCUUGGCCAUCCGGCCCAUCGCUUUGGGCCUGGGCAAACUGUUUAUGCUUUGCUUUUCGCAACUUUCACUCGUUUCUGCUGCUCCCACUUCCCACUCUUUUGCUCCUCGGGGCCAUUCAGAAGUUAAACCACUAUCGACGGAGGAUGCCAGUCUAUGGCUGUAUCUAGGGGUUGCCGCUGCCCUCGUGCUGACGGGUGGUGCAUUCGCUGGGUUAACAAUUGCUUUGAUGGGCCAGGAUGAAGUAUACCUUCAAGUCAUUCAAACAUCAGGCGAUAGCCCCUCCGAACGCAAAAGUGCUGCCAGUGUUCUGCGGUUAUUAAAGCGCGGCAAGCACUGGGUGCUGGUGACCUUGUUGCUCAGUAAUGUUAUCACGAACGAAACUCUCCCUAUUAUCCUUGACCGAUCGCUCGGCGGAGGCUGGCCAGCUGUUUUGGGCAGUACAGUGUUGAUUGUCAUCUUCGGUGAAAUCGUUCCUCAAUCAAUAUGCGUUCGAUACGGUCUUCCUAUCGGUGCCUGGAUGGCUCCCUGUGUCUUGGCCCUGAUGUAUGUCAUGGCUCCUGUUGCCUGGCCUAUUGCCAAACUGCUCGACCGAUUGCUAGGCGAGGACCACGGAACUACCUACAAGAAGGCGGGUCUGAAGACUCUCGUAACCCUUCACAAGACACUGGGCGAGGCCGGCGAACAACUGAACUCCGACGAGGUCACUAUCAUCAGCGCCGUUUUGGACCUCAAGGAGAAGUCUGUCGGCACCAUCAUGACCCCAAUGGAUGAUGUUUUUACCAUGUCCGCGGAUACCAUUCUAGACGAACAAACCAUGGACCUCAUUUUAUCCCAAGGAUAUUCCCGAAUUCCUAUUCACGCCCCGGAAAAUCCAAGGAACUUCAUCGGCAUGCUUCUAGUCAAGAUGCUCAUUACAUAUGAUCCCGAGGAUUGCAAACCCGUCAGCCAUUUUUCCUUGGCGACAUUACCGGAAACCCGUCCCGAGACGAGCUGUUUAGAUAUCGUCAACUUUUUCCAAGAAGGAAAGUCACAUAUGGUUCUUGUCUCGGAAUUUCCUGGUGAGGAUCGUGGUGCUUUGGGGGUUGUCACCCUCGAAGAUGUCAUCGAGGAGCUAAUCGGAGAGGAAAUUAUUGACGAAUCGGAUGUCUUCGUGGAUGUCCACAAGGCAAUCCGGCGUAUGGCCCCUGCGCCUUACUCCCGGGUCCCGAAGGGUCGUUUCGUAGAGGAACCUCCCGCCAUUCCUGUUCAAGGACCAUUGGUGGACAUUGGCGGUGAUUCUCCAGCCACCACUGGGCACACUGUGAGCCGCCGCCGAAGCUCUGUGGAAGCACCUCUCGCACGCUACCAACUCCGCCGGUCACUGGGAGAUAAAGAGAGGAAUUCAACUGAUGGUCUUGUCACCCGCCUGGGAUCGACGGACGAUAUUCGUGAACACCUUAAGCACCUUGGUCCGUCAAACCUGGCUAGCCGACCCCGCCAAACGCGUUAUCAAAACGUGAAGAUUAAACGCGGAAGCACAUCUCCGUCCCGUUCGGGCCAGACCGAUAUCGAUUCUGGCACUGAUUCGCAUACCCGUCGUCAACCCACCUCUUUUCCCACUGCAUCCGAGCCAACUUUGACUUCUGGCGGAUUAAACCCAAGAGACGGUGCCCACGCUCUACUAAUGAGUAGCACCGGUCGCUCUUCUUCCGAGUCCCCCGCAAAGAGUGCCCCCCCUGUAUCAAUUCCCGAACAGGUUAACGAGGAACAAGAGAGCGCGCCACAAUCUGCACAUAGCCGACACGCUGGAUCUGGAGACUCCCCGGAUGGAGAUCAAACCUAUAGCCAGAGCUACGUUCACCGAGGGCCCGCUCGGAGUGGCAGCAUCACAGAACACAUAGUCGACGUCAAUGGUAUCCGGAAGGUUGUUCUACACACUACGAGCAGUAACAGCUCUUCAGAUGCCGAGGCCUCUAGGGCCAAGUUCCCAGUACGCCAGGGGAGCGAUGUCGUCGACUUGAACGAAACAGACGGUGAUCAUACAGAGCAAUCCAAGAAGAAGCGACGUCGUCGAAAGCAUAAAAAGAGCCGCGAGACCAACGGUGGGGAAGCAACACCCCUAUUGCCCUGA